AUGUUGUCAUUUGCCAAAGUUGUUCAAGGUGGAGAAAAUGGUUCUGAUGAAGGUACUAAAACUCAGGGAAUUGUUAAACCAUUGAUAGUUAAUGAUAAUAAAAAAGAUAUACCUAAACAAGAAAAUACAAAUGUUUCAGAAAGUAAAAGUAAACGACAUCGAAAUCAUAGAAGAGGAAAUCAAGAAAAAAGGAAAAAUGAAAAAAAUGGAGAGAAAAGUAGUAGUAGUAGUAAAACAAAUAAAAAAGAGGAAAGAGAAAGUAAAAAAAAUGAGGGAACAAAAACAAGGAGAAAUAAAUCUAGUAAUGCCAGAAAUCGUAUAAAAUCUGAAAUUAGUGAAGAGGCAAAAAAAGACAUAUCUGAUGCUACCACAAAACCUGAUGAAAUCAAUACAACAGAUGGUAAAACAGCAAAAAUUGUCCUUUCACCUGCUCCUGUGCCAGCAGUUAAUGCUUGGUUUAAAGCAAAUGAUAUUGAAAGUCAAAACAAAAAUGAAGAAAACAACGUUAAAGUUAGUAAUACUAUUAAAGAUAUUAAAAAAGUAGAGAAGAUAGUUGAAAAGGUGCAAAAUAUUGACAAGAAUACAAAAACUGAAAAUAAUACUGAUAACAAGAUAAAUAAAGAUACUACAGUUUGGCCAUCAUUAGCAGAAGAGCACAUUCAUAAUGGUAGCAUUAGCUCUUCAAAUGAAUCUGGAUCUAAAGAAAAUGCAAAACCAAAAUCACCUAAAGGAGAAAGUAACAAAGUAAUUCCAAAGGCAAGUUGGAAAAAAAUUAAUGUUAAUGUAAAGUUUGAAAGUAUAUCUUCAAAAAAGUCUGGAGAAGGAAGACGUAGAGAACGAAGAAGUCGUAAUGAAAAUAGAAAUUCUGAGAUAUCUAAUCAAAAAAAACAUGAUAAUAAAGAAGGAGAUAGUGAAAGUUAUUGUUAUUUUGAUAAUACUUCACACGGAUUUUAUUACCAACAAUCUGGAAGACAGGGUUGGAAAAAGGAAAAUAUGUCUGGAAAGUCAGGGGAACCUUCUACAUCUAAUCAUCCUUCAAGUGAAGAAAAUGUAAAAAAAGAUGACAGAAAAGGUUAUAGUAGAGGAUAUAAAUUUAAUAAAGGGAAACAGGAUCAUGUUCCACCAGCACCAAAAAAUCCACAUGCUCCAAGAAGGUUAACAGAUGAGGAGAGAAGAGCUCGUGGACCUUUACCAGCUUGGGAUGAUUUGGCUAAAAUAGAAGAUAAUUUUGAUUAUAUGGAACUUAUGGAAAAACAAUGCCAAAAUUUUUAUGCGUUAAAUAUUUUACCACCAUUUGAUCCAUCUGUUCCAUUAAAUGGAAAUAAAAAUAAAACAUCAAAUGUAACUUCAAGACCAGAAAGUACUACAUCACCUUUGAAUAAUGCCACUAUUUCACAUACACCUACUGCUCUAAUGUCACCUGGAUUUGCCGUACAGGGAACUCCAAGUGUGUCAGGUUUUAUGUCACAUGCAAAUUCAUUUUCACCACAAAUAUUUCCUCAAAUUUCUUUUCAAGUUCAAAAUGGCGGCGGUACAAAUUUAACAAGAGAUGAAUUAAAAAAUCUAAUAAGAAAACAAAUUGAAUAUUAUUUUAGUGUUGAAAACUUGUUAAAAGAUUUCUAUCUUCGUAGAAAAAUGAGACCUGAUGGAUAUUUAGAGCUCUCAUUAAUUGCUCAUUUUCCUAGAGUAAGCUCAAUAUCUCAAGAUAUGGAUUUAAUUAUUGAAGCUCUUCUUGAAAGUAAUAAAGUUACUUUAUCAGCUGACAAAAAAUAUAUUAGAACAACUUUUGAACCAGAAAGAUGGAGACUUGCACCACCAAGUGAGGAUGGUGAACAAGUCAAUUUUAUUAAAGAACAUAUUCCACAACCAAAAAGUAAUGAAACUGUUGAAGUAAAGAAAGAAGAUGUUUCACAAAAUGAUAACAAAACUAAUUCUGAAACUAAAAAAGAAACAUUAUCACAAAAAGGUACUGAGGAAAGUAAAGUUGAAAAAAGUUUAAAGAUGGAUGAAACAGAUGAUGAUGAAGAAGAUGACUGGGAAGAAGUAAAAAAAAGAGACAAAAAACAACCUCCAUCAAGAGGAAAAAAUGCUCGAGCUAAACGUGCUGCUGUAGCUAAAGCUGCUGCUGCUGCCGCAAAAGUUGAUGAAUUAGAUUUUAAAUUUGAUGAAGAAAUUGAUUCUUCCUUCUUAUCACGUAGACCAAAAGGAGGAGAAAAACAACAACCUGACUAUCCUGAUGAUAUGGAUGAUGCACAUAUUGAUAAACUAAUUAUAUUUGCGCAAACUCCACCACCAGUAAAAAGACAAUUUGACAGAACAGGAGAAUAUACAAGUAGAAUGAGUAGACUUCAAUAUAUCAAUGAAGAAAUGGAAUUAGGUUUAAGAAGGUAUGAAGAAGAUUUAUGGUCAUGUGAAACUUCAACUAAAGAUCAAGUAAAAUCUGAAAAAGUGACUAUGAUAACAGAAGAAGAGGCACACAAAUUAAAGGAAAGUAAAAAAAUUUCUAGAAGUAGAACAACAUCGAGAAAUGAAGAUGGAGCUGUACCAGCACCAGUUGAUGUUCCAAAAACACCAACAACUUCUGUAUGGGUAAUAAAAGCUCGUGAACGUGCUGCUAGCACAACUGUUCCAAAAUCUCCAGUAGCUAUACGGGAAUCAAAAGAAAAAUUAUUGAAUAGAUAUUUUCCUAUUAAACCAUCGGUACCGGUUGAUGAACGUAAGCCUAAAAAACAAAAACUUCGUCACAGUGAAAAUCCACCAGUAGAACUUCCAGUAGGUUGGCUUUUAGGAGCUCGAUCAGAUGGUUGUCAACCAAUAAAUGAACUUCAACAACAUCCAUCUUUAACUUUAUUCCAAGAAAAUGGUUUCCAAGAAAACAAAUAUUCAGCAUGGAAAAAUGAAUGUUUAAAACAAAGAGAAGCUUUGGGUCUUGAUUGUCCAGAAAUGAAUACAUUAUAUAGAUUUUGGAGUAUGUUCUUACCGGAUAAUUUCAAUAGAAAAAUGUAUAAUGAAUUUAGAAAAUUGGCUACAGAUGAUGCUUCAGCUGGAAGUAGAUAUGGUAUUGAAGCUUUGUUUAGAUUCUAUACAUAUGGUUUACAAUCAAAAUUUAGACCAAAGAUUUAUGUAGACUUCCAAGAUGAAACUAUAGCUGAUAUCAAAAGAGGUCAAUUAUAUGGUUUAGAAAAAUUCUACUGUUUCUUAAAAUAUUACAAACAUUCUAAUUAUUUAGAUGUCAGAGAAGAAUUAGCUAAAGAAUUAGCUAAAUAUAAAAAUCUAGAAGAUUUUGCUAUAAAUCCAGCAAAAGCCGCUAAGCGUGAUUUAGAAAAUGAAAGAAAAAAGGAACAAGAACAGUAA